CCUGGGAAAACCCUGUCCUACGGCACUCCCCCAAAGCAGAGGGUGCACCAGCAGGGAGACAAGCCCUACAUGUGCCAUCACUGUGAUAAGGGCUUCAAUCAUUCCUCUUCCCUGUCCCGGCACCAAAGAGUCCACUCGGAGGGAAAGAGUUACACCUGCGCUCACUGUGGCAAAAGAUUCAAUCACUCCUCCUCCCUCGCCAGGCACCAGAGAGUUCACUUGGAGAGCAAACAGCAGCAGCAGCAACAGCAGCCCCAGCCACCACAAUCGCCGCCGCAGCAGUACAACACCAUCCCCACAGGGAAGGGAUUCCCCAACAACGCCUUCCCAAAACAGCGCAGCCUGUCCGUUGAAAAACCAUACAGGUGCUCCCACUGUGGAAAAGGCUUUAACCAUUCAUCUUCCCUUUCCAGACAUCAUAGGAUCCAUGUAGACCAGUGAGCACCCUCUCCCGCCCUCACAAGCUGUCCCAUGCGAGAGUAAAACCCCCAUCUCCCCCCUCUGUUUCUGUUCUACUAAUGGUCCCAUCAUUGACAUCACCACACCAAAUGUCAGGCCAACUUAUAGAGACAACGGUGGUCAUGCCCGCUUUGAAGUGGAGUGGCUGCAAAUAAAUGGACAGUAACACAAGUCUUCAGGUGUAAAACGGACCGUGUAGCCUGUAAUUCAGAGCAGAACCCGGGACUUUGCGCUCAGUAUGCAAAGGGAAUAAUAAUAGAUUGUGAAGGAGCCUCUAUUCUUGUUAGUGAUUGUGCUUCACUUCAGGACCUCUUUUGAACACUUUUAAAUAAAACUUAAAAAUGUGAUUUGGUGAUCUAAAAUAAUUAUUACCUGGGGGAAAUAUGCCUCCAUCUGUUGGUCUUUUUGAUGAGAAUUGGGUUUAUGUAGGUGGGCAUAUGCGCUUUUCAGCUGCCUCUUUAUCCAAGGCUACGAACACAAUUUGGCAAACAAAAAACAUUUCUCAAUUUCAAUUGUUAUUUCUUUUCCACCACCAUAUCCCAUGUGUAACAAACAUCCAAAAUCCAAUGUAAAUACUGAUUUUCUUUUAUAUAUGUGUAUAGGUGACUAGUGUGCUGUUCCAAAAGAUUACAUUUUUGAUAGUAAGAUCCACUUUGAUCAACUUUGUCUCCACCUUUUUUUUUUUUUUUUAUGCAUUUAAUUUGUUUUAAGUGUUGGAGAGCAACAUGUUGAAGGUGUUCUCAUGCGGCUUUGUUCUGGAAUUUGGGCCCCAUCAGACAUGAGCCAUCUUGUAUAUUUAUACGGUUGUAUUCUUGUAUGUCUACGAUGGGUUAGUGCUGCUGCAUCGACUGUACAGAGAGCAAUACUGGCUGACACCCUGAUUCUAUUAUGACAUGCAAUUUAGUUAUUAGGAAAUGCAUAAUAGAAAAUAAAAACCUACUGGGUAGCAUAUUACAACAA